AUGGCUCUAAAUAUGAACGACAAAGAAUCUUUGAUGUUACAAAUUAUUCCUGAGAUUGAUUUCAACCUCACAACCAAUGGAAUUACACUAACUAGCGAAAGAAUUUCCACCCCUCGAUUUAUUCCUUUUGAACAUGGUGGCCGCUGUCGAGAGUGUAAAAGCACUGAAGUUGAAUUAGAUUUUAUUGUUACAAAAGAAGGGGUAACAAUCUAUUGUACUCGUUUAUCGAUACCUCGCUUCGUGCCUUUUGACUGUAUUUAUGACUUACCAGGGCAUUGUUUCUUCAAGAUCAAAAAUAAAGGCCGCGUUUUGAAUAUCCCAUAUGGCUCUAAAAACGUUUGCCCAAUUAAAAAUUCAAAUUGUCUAAAGCGUGACGCUAUUGACCAGUUACCUCUUCCAACACCGCCACCACCCCCUCUUUCUACAAAACAGGAAUCACCUCCUCUUGGACCUCAACAGGAAUUAAUCACCCCACCACUUGCAUCCCCACAACAGGAAUUAUUCACCCCACCACUUGCAUCCCCACAACAGGAGGUAUUCACCCCACCACUUGCAUCCCCACAAGAGCCACUUUUAACAUUAUCACCAAUCGAAGAACUUAAAGAAAAUGAGGAUUCAACCCUGUUAGAGUUUUAUGACUCUAUGCAGGCUGUUACAAUGGGUAUGAUUUCAACAGAAAAUGAGGUUAAGAACGAAGUAGUAAACAAUCCAGAAGAUACAAAAUUACAGCCUCCUCUUUAA